UAAUGGAAAAGUUUCUAGUGUUUUUCAAUUGUGAUUUUUAGCCUCUUUUUAUAUAUAUCCCACCAUAAAGCUCAGUUUAUGUUUGGUAAUGUUGUUAGUUUUUAUUAUUUGAAUUAAAAAAAAUCAAUGAAUGUUUGGAACUUAUGUAUGUUUUCAAAAAAAAGAAAAAAAGAAAAAAAAAGGAGUAUUUGGAGUGGUGUGAUGUUGAGAGAGAGAGAACCGAAAUUACAAAGAAGACGACCUGUGUUAAGAUCCAAAUCUCCGAAGGCUGAGAUCAUUGAACACUGUCUGAUCUUGCCUGAUCUUGCUGCAUUGCCAUUUCUAGAAUUCAGGUAAUCACCACUCUGUUUCUUCAAAUUCUGCAUUCAUAUCUGUGUUAUAUAUAUAUACUCUCUCUUUCUCUCACACGCGCACACACACACACACACUCAUAUUAGAUUUUAUUGUUUGUGUUGCGUGUGAAUUUGAGGCCUCGUUUGGGAAUCAUCUUUUUUAGCCAAAAAGCCAAAAAGUUACUAAAUUAGCCAAAAAGCCAACAACCCAUACCAAAAAGUCAAAGAUUCUCUUUUCUCUCUAUUUUUUGCACAUCUUUUCGUAAAAAGCCAAAAAGUCAUCCCAAACAUACUAGUUUUUUUUAGCUCAUAUUUUAGCCAAAUAGCCAAAAAGUUACUAAAUUAGCCUGUUCUCAAACAAGGCCUGAAUUUCCCAAGAAGAAGGCAUAACCACAUGAAAUGCCCAAACAGAUGGAAGAAAUCAGAAAUUUAUGCAUACCACUUUUAUUAUCUCCUCCACCAACAAUAUACCAAUUUUCAUAAAUGGUGAUGCCAGCAUGACCAGCCCUAGGGGCCACCAAGUCACCUUGAAUUUGCGGUUGCAGACUGUACCAGUUAAUCCCAAACCUUUUCUGAACAAUUUGACUGGAAAGAAGGUCAUCGUUAAACUCAAGUGGGGAAUGGAAUACAAAAGUUUUCUCGUCUCGGUGGAUUCAUACAUGAACUUGCAGCUGGCAAACAGUGAAGAAUAUAUCGAGGGACAAUUCACUGGAAAUCUUGGAGAGAUUCUUAUCAGAUGUAACAAUGUUCUCUAUCUUCGCGGGGUACCAGAGGAUGAAGAGAUUGAGGAAGCUGAAGAAGACAGGUGGAUUCAUCGGCCUCCAUAUAGAAUUCUGGCUUCUAUUUGACAUCAAUAUCAUCUACCCCCUUAGCCUUUUGCAUAUUGGAUUUGUAUUACAUAUAAAAAUAUUGUUAGUUUCACUCUUUUGUAUGCUAUGCCCUCGCUGAACUUUAUUUUGGGCACUGAAGCCAUUCCGUCGCUCAUGGAUUUCCAAGCAAUGGAAGAAAGAAGUCACCUAUUAUUUUCAUUUGUGGGUGUGCGAGGCAUUGCGAUGAAUUAACCCACCUGUGAAUCUUUCUGUUAUUGAAAAUUUCAUUUCUGUUUUGGGGGUAUGUUUCUUUUUGAAAACAUCCCAUAUUAAUCUUUAGAAACAAGAAGUCUAUAUCCUC